AUGUCUAUAACUUCUCUCGACGCUGAAUAUCCGAAGACGCCACAGGAAUACAUCGACAUGAUCAUCGAUCGUCACAACAUGACCCGUCUACAGCGGUUCGGGAACUGGAUAAACAAUGAGAAAUGCCGCAAUCCCUGUGACAAAGCCAUCCGCGCUGUAAAGUACACCAACAAGCUGGGAAACCAAACACGUAAGCGCGACCCACUGCGAAGGACCAGUCAUCAUGCUCUUCGACUUUCCGACGAAGUUAAAGCUAUCAUGUCAGAAGGACCUGAGUUUGCCACGGACGAGCAGUUGGAUGCGAUCGCAUCCUUUCAAGAACUGCUAGAGGACAAAGCAACGGGCUCUCUGUUGCGAAGACUGGGAUGGUAUGAUGCAAGAAGCGUCUCCAAAGACCAGAUGAAGUAUCUGAUAAAGCUCUUAUCAGCAAUAUUUUUCCGCGACUAUCAGAUGGAGCUGGAGUUCGAAUGGAAAACUUCUAACGACAAUGUUUUUGGCCGUUACACAUGCGAUGUGCACCCCAGAAUUGAAAUGUCGGCUUUCGACUACAUGGCUGCUUCGCCCCACGGAAAUCUAUCUGCCCGAACCAUGUCACGCCUGAGUACCCUUCUUCAUGAGCUGGUACACGCAUAUCUGGGUUGCUACGCUUGUAGAUGCCCAUCGUUUGUGAAAGAUGUUGAAUCACUUAAGGGACACGGACUAGCGUGGCAGAGGAUUGCGAGCUCGGUGGAACACAAUGCUCCUCGCUUCAUUCACCUACCACUAAUUCUGGGAAGAUUCAGCUCUAUACAAGCUAAUUGGAGCGUACCGCUAUAUUGGCCAACUCAGCAAGAAGUCAAAGAGUGGGAUUUGGAGUGGUAA